UCGGGUCAUUUCAGGGAAGCGAAUCCGACGGCCCCGCUUCGCUUCCGGUGGCAUCCUGCGGCGGCGGGGCGGCGGCGACGAUGCGACUCACCCGCGGCGCGUGAUUUAGCUAAGCGCGGGUUGCCGAAGCGGAGACGGCACGCACGGAGGCCGUACAGGAGCAGCGAAGGCGGCGUGAGGACUGAGGACUGAGAGAGAGGGCGUGACCUGCUGGGCGUCGGCGAUGAUAAGGGUGGUGUCUCCGCCGCCCCCGUCCGCCGUGCAGCCGCGCGGUGGCUCGGCGGCGUCCUCCUCCUCCAUCUGCCGUUUCAGGGGUUCCCGGAGUGGUGGGGUUGCGGCGACGAGUUGGGGGUCGGGGAGAAGCAGGAGGAGGCGGAGGUGCGACGUCUCGUGCUGCUCCGCGGAGGACGGGGAGCGGUCCCGGGGCACGGGGCCUCCGGCGGCUCCCCCGGCGCCGUCCGAGGGAUCGAUACAGCUCUACUCCCAGAUCGAGAGGGUGAUCACGGAGGCGGCGAAGCAGUCGCGGGAGGGCUGGGGUUCCACCGGAGAUUGGACCGAGAUCGAGGGAGCGUGGGUGCUGAAGCCCAAGUCACAGAAGCCAUCGUUUGUUGUUCACUUCGUUGGUGGGAUCUUUGUUGGAGCUGCGCCGCAGAUCACUUACCGUUUCUUCCUCGAACGUCUUGCAGACAAGGGAGCUUUGGUGAUCGCUACGCCAUAUGCUAGUGGCUUUGAUCAUUUCUUCAUUGCAGAUGAAGUUCAAUUUAAGUUCGACAGGUGCUUGAGAAACUUGGUUGAACCAGUAAAUGACCUUCCUACAUUUGGUGUCGGACAUUCUUUGGGAUCUGUAAUCCACCUUCUAAUUGGAUCAAGAUAUGCUGUGCAGCGCAGUGGAAAUAUAUUGAUGGCCUUUAACAAUAAGGAGGCAAGCUUGGCAGUUCCAUUAUUUUCACCUGUCAUUGUUCCCAUGGCACAGAGUUUUGGCCCAAUAUUUUCCCAGUUGACAUCAUAUCCAACAAUACGUUUUGGGGCAGAAGCAGCCAUUAAGCAACUUGAGAAUCUUAGCCCACCUGUUGUUAAGCAACUCCUGCCAUUAGUUCAGCAACUUCCUCCGCUGUAUAUGGAUUUAGUAAAAGGCCGAGAGGAAUUUAUUCCAAAGCCAGAGGAGACACGGCGGCUGAUAAAAUCCUACUAUGGGAUUUCUCGAAACCUCUUAAUUAAGUUCAAAGAUGAUCAAAUUGAUGAAACUUCUAUUCUUGCGCAAGUACUAAGCUCGGAAUCUGCCAUUAGUUCACUGCUUGACAUGUCAAUUCGGUCACUUCCUGGAGAUCAUGGGCUGCCGUUACAGCAGAUACUUCCUGAUGUUCCACCAGCAAUGGCUGAUGCAGUAAACCGAGGAGGUGAACUCCUGACAAAUCUGGCAACAGGGACACCAUGGGAGGCUGUUGCUAAGGAGGUCGGUACCACUUUAGGUGCAGAUCCAGGCGUUCUACGAGCACAAAUCUCGAAGGAUGUCAAUACACUUGUCGAUGUAAUUGUUUCAUGGAUAGAGUCAAAUUCUGGUCCUAGAUUACUUCGUUCAUGAUGGCUCCCGCAAGGUUUAGCAGGUGGGAAUGUCAGUACCAAAUGUCAAUAGGAUUCAACUUACAAUUACUGCAAACUUUAGAUUGCAUUCAACCCCAGACGUUGGUGAUGUAGAUACAUACUACUGUACUUCGUAGCAGAACUGUUAAAUGUAAUCUAUCUUGAUGGAGUAUUACGAAUGUACAUACUCCUGCCAGCAAAUCUACAAUAAGCUUUACAAUUUUACAAUGACCGUAAUCCCUGCAGCAAUAUUCCUCAAAUGUUGGAUUGUUAGCGGAAUGCAAGAAUAUCUAAGGAAGCGCUGUGCAACAUACUACCGCCUUCACGUGAUGAUAGUCGCUACUCGGCACAGCUACAAGUCGUCAUCCUACACAAGUGACAAAGGCAAGAUCGAUCUCCAUUCAAUUUUCUGUCUGUGCAUGAAUAAACGAAACCCCGUUCACUUAAUCCCAGUCUAGAUAAUUUAU